AUGCAUAAUUCAGUUGUGCUGUUGCGUGCAAACCGUCCUCUACUAGAGAAGGCCACUACAACACUACAGCACGCUGUUGAGGUUGCAUAUGCAUCUGGGCUAUUGGGGCCGGUUCCUCACACUAUUAGGGGGAUGCCGGAGGCUGACGCCUUUGCGCCGAACUCUGUAGCUGACCCAAUGGGGCCACGUCUAAAAUUUAACAUGGGCGGCAGCGAUGGUGACCAUGAAAGGGCGCGUGAUCGGGUUCGUUUUGCCUCCCGCUGUGCGGAGGGAGCGAGUGUGGGUGCAUCAUCAUCGGCGGUCUCGAUUGCCCACAUUGAGGGAAUUGUGCGGCAUGCGAUGUGCGGCAACCUUGACGGAGCUGCGGUUUUGCAGCUGAUCCUUGAGGUUGAGGAGGAAAACGAACGCCUUCCACUUGCGGCCCGGUGGCGCCCAGGCUGCCGCGAGAGUAUGCAAAGACUAAAAAACGGCACAUAUGUGACAGAUGCCAAAGAACGGUUUGAGGGGAAGCGAGUGCUCUUGAGCGGGAGACUGCAGGUGGAGGAGCGCUACGAUACACAUAGCAAGAUGCUGCACAAGGUGCCGGUCCUGAUUAUGCUACCAACGCCGUCACUUGAGGGAAGCUGUUUGUCUAUUCUUGCCGAAUGA